AUGAAAAUAGGAAAAACAGAGAGCUUUUUGCUGCUGGCACUUAUUAUUGGCUAUGGAGCAGCAACAAUGGCAACGGCGACGGGGUUCAAAGUAGAGCAAGACGAGAUAGGUGAAGGAGGUAGACAAGAUGAAAUGUUCUUGUUGCUAAACUCAGAGCCUGUGAUGAAAUCCGAUGCCGGAGAAAUGAGGGUUGUGAGAAGCCAUGACCAUGAAGGAAGAAUGAUUGUUGAGAAACCAAUGCACAUUGGGUUCAUUCAAAUGGACCCCAACACCCUUCUCCUCCCUAUGUAUCUUGAUUCCAGUUUGAUCCUUUUCCUUCGUACCGGUGAAGCAACGGUAGGGUUGAUCUACAAAGAUCACAUGGUGGAGAGUCAACUUAAGGUUGGAGAUGUAUAUCCUAUCCCAGCAGGUUCAACGUUCUACAUUUUGAACACAGGGGAGGACCAAAGGCUCCAUAUUAUUUGCAGCAUUGAUCCCUCCCAGAGUCUCAAUUUCGGUGCUUUCCAGUCUUUCUUUAUCGGCGGCGGAACUUAUCCGUCAUCGGUUCUUGCUGGUUUUGGCCCUGAAACUCUCUCGGCAGCUUUCAACGUCUCGGAGUCGAAAGUGAGUCGGAUUUUUAGCAAACAACAGGAGGGACCAAUAGUGUAUUUGACAAACUCUCGUGGACCAAACACCUGGAAAAAAUUCUCAUUACUUGAGAAACAAGAAAGACUAAAACAAGUGAAGAGAAUUGUCCAAGGACAAGCCGAGGAAGAGAAAGAAUGGUCAUGGUGGAACCUGGUUACCGAUGUUUUCGGAACUCAAGACAGUAAUGAGAAUCAUAAAGCUCCAAUAUCUUACAAUAUAUACAACAAAACCCCUGAUUUCAGGAACGACUAUGGAUGGAGAGUUGAACUUGAUGAAUCCGAAUAUAGGCCUCUCAAGCACACCGGAAUUGGCGUUUUCCAUGUCAAUCUUACCCCGGGAUCGAUGUUGGCGCCGCAUAUGAAUCCGAGUGCGACGGAGUACAGCAUUGUUUUGAAGGGAAGUGGUAGAAUCCAGAUAGUGUAUCCAAAUGGAACUUUAGCCAUGGAUGUCAUGGUGAAAGAAGGCGACGUGUUUUGGGUACCAAGAUACUUCGCUUGCUGUCAAACCGCAUCGAAAUCGGAAGCUUUCGAGUUUUUGGGAUUCACAAGUUCAUCAUCGCAGAAGAACAGGCCUCAGUUCCUUGUGGGGAAAAAUUCCCUUCUUCACACUUUGAACAGCCUUGAACUUGCCAAUGCAUUUGGGGUCAGCAGGAAAAAGAUUAGACGUUUGAUCAAUGCUCAACGAGAAUCUAUGAUCCUUCCUUCAUCAUCGUCUCCAUCAGCCGAUGAUGAUGAGAAGAAGAAGGCAGUGUCAUUUUGA